UCGAAGCCCCUCCUCCUCCCUGACAUCACUCCACCAUCCACUACAAAGGCAUCAGCAGGCCACCACCAGCACUUAUUUUGCGGAAGAAUAACUCGAGCUUCCCCUUCUCUAAUGGCAGCAGAAGCCAGGAGAGCCAGGGAGAAGCAGACCCGGAAGGAAGAAGAGAGAAGCCUCCAACAGGAAGCACAGAGCCCGUUUGCUAAGGGAGCACUUAGAAGCUUCUUCACAUGCAAGCAUCACCAACCAGGAGAAAGGAACAAUGGGCACAGCAUGCGGAUGGGAUGCUCUGGGUCUAUUUGCAAGCUGAGGGACAUGCAGAGGCCAGAGACGGUCUUAGCUGAGCCUUGCAAGAAAAAUGCUGCAGCAUCAGGUGGUGGUAGUGGUAAUGGUAAUGGUGGUGAAGGAACCAAGAAACAGCCCUUGAGUGAGAUCAAUGGAGUUGUUUCCAAGCCCUCCUCUCAUUCUGCUGCUGCUUCUGUGGCUGCCUCCUCUUCUUCUACUUCUUCUGUUGGUGGCUCUUUCAGGCGAAUGCAUCGUAGGAGGCUUUAUGGCUGUUAUGAGUGUCACAUGGUGGUCGAUCCCAUCAGUAUGCUGUCAAGGGAUUCCUCUCUGGGGACGACAAUCUGUACCUGCCCUGACUGUGGAGAGAUUUUUGUGAAAGCUGAGAGUCUGGAGAUUCACCAGGCGGUGAGGCAUGCAGUAUCAGAAUUGGGACCUGAAGACACUAGCAGAAACAUAGUAGAGAUCAUAUUCCAAUCGAGUUGGCUAAAGAAGCAAACACCAGUUUGCAAAAUCGACAGGAUCCUAAAGGUCCACAAUACCAACAGAACACUGACAAGAUUUGAAGAUUACCGGGACUCCAUAAAGAUCAAGGCCAGCAAGCUAGCGAGGAAGCACCCGAGGUGCACCGCAGAUGGAAAUGAGCUCCUGAGGUUCCACUGCACCACUUUUAUGUGCUCCAUCGGCCUUGAUGGGGCCACUAACUUGUGCAACUCUAUCCCCAAGUGCAGCUUGUGCAGCAUUGUAAGGGAUGGAUUCAAGAUUGAUUCACAUGGAAGAAUCGGAACGAUGGCUACCAGUGGGAGAGCACACGAUGCCGCUGACAACGUAUCGGAUAAGACUGCGAUGCUGGUGUGCAGAGUUAUAGCUGGCAGGGUGAAGAGGAAACAGGAUGAUUUGGAGGAGUAUGAUUCAGCAGCUGGCAUGGCAGGAAUCUACUCAAAUUUGGAUGAGCUAUUCGUGUUCGAUCCUAAAGCUAUUCUGCCUUGUUUUGUUGUAAUUUACAGGAGCUGAUCUCGCAUCUUUCUCCAUGCUUUUGUCUCUGCUGAAACUUCACAGACCUCUGUGCCUUGCUAAUUGAAUGAUGCAGCAUCUGAUAUUGCUCCAAAAACAAAAGCUGUAAUCCGAGUUGCCAUUGCUCAAGUUAUCUUCUAAUCGAAUGACGUACGUAGCAUCUGAUAUUGCUCCAAAAACAAAAGCUGUAAUUCAACUUGUGCAAAAGGAGCAACCUUAUUGUUGAAUAU